AUGAAAGCUCGGAUCAGCAAAUGGAUAUUGACAGAAUCUGCAAUCAAAAAUACUGAAUACAUUAGUUUAGAUUAUACAUCUAAACUUCCACAGAAGGAAACACACAGAGAAUCCCUCACAACUCAAACCUUUAAAACAGAUGAAGAAGGAGCAGAAGACGAAACAAAAACAAAAACAAAAACAAAAGAGGCCAUGUCUUUGCAAAAAUCUAUAACAUUAGAAGACCAGCAUCAAAGUGAAGAAAUAAAGUAUGCUAUGGAGAACAUGGAGAAAACAAAUCAACACAUUAAAAGGCUCAUUAUGGAAAUAAAUUACCUACAUAGCCAGACACCAGAGACUGAAACUGGGUCACAAAUUAUAGUCAGGGGAACCGGAAAUGUGAAGAAAGGAGUGACUGGACUGCUGGAAAAUAUUGAACAGAAAGACAUUUUCAGGGUUAACUCCAAUGUUUUCAAACAUGGAAUAAUUACGAAGGAUGGUAAUAAUAUGAAGCAAGGAGUAACUGAUGAAAAAAAGGAAUUACUGAAGAGCAAGACCAAAAAGAGAAGAAAAGAAUUAGACCAAAGACUUGAGAAAACAUUGAGAGAGAGGGACAAGUUAAAAAUGUUGAGAAUUAAACUGAAAUGGCAGAAAGAAGAGUUGGCUGAUGAGAAGCAAAUGAGUAUCAAAAAAAGAGCUACUCUUAUCCAAGUAUACAGAGAACAUGAAAAACAAAGUCUGGAAAAGCAAGAGGUGAUAAGUAUCAGGGAGCACGCUGAAAUGGCACACCAAAGCUCCACAGUCACAGAUUCAAUUGUUGACCUUCAAAACAUCACACAAAAGAUUCAUGUGCAUAUGGAAAUAAUUAAGAAGGAAGUGGGAAUUCUGGAACCUGUCAGUGUUCACUUAUGGACACAGAUAGAAGACCUCAAAGUAAUAAAUGCGGAGAACAGGGCUGUAAGAGACAACAUCAACAGAAUCAAAUCUCAGAUAAUAAUGGACUUUGAAAGAAUUACUAUACCAGCAAAAGCAAAAACAAAUGAAAUGGUCCAAAAUAGGGAUGAUAUAAAAAAACAACAACAGAAGCUUGAAAUUGCACUAGAGAAAGUUAAAAGAGAAAAAAGAGAGAUGGAAGUGUUGAAUUCUGAGUUGGAAAUAAAGAAAAGAGAGAAUAAACACAUGAUCCAAAAAGGGAUUCGAAUAGAGGGGAAAGUGAAAGCCAUAAAGCUAAUCUAA